AUGCUUGGUUACCUGGUGUUGGGCAUCUUUCUUAUUCAGAUGGGAGUUGGCAUUCUUGGGAAUUUCUUCCUCCUGGGCCUGUACACCUCCAUUUUACUUAUAGGCCGUAAGCUGAGGCCCAUAGAGUUCAUUUUUGCCCACCUAGCUUUGGCCAACUCAAAAUUGAUACUCUCCAAAGGGAUCCCUCAGCUGAUUGUCUGUUUGGGUUUCAAAAAUUUCUUGGAUCCCAUUGGGUGCAAAUUUAUUGUUUAUCUUUUUACUCUCACCAGGAGUGUUUCUCUCAGCAUGACCUGCCUCUUGAGUGGUUUUCAGGUCAUCACCAUCAGUCCCAGUAACUCCUGGUGGGCAGAACUUAAAAUCCAAGCCCCAAAGUGCAUUUUGCCCUCCUGUUUUCUCUGUUGGUGCUUCUAUCUGCUGAUAAAUUGCACUUUGCUUGGGACUAUGCAUAACUCAAGGUAUCGCACUAAUAAUACAAAGAUAUGGUAUCUGGGAUAUUGUUCAAUUUUAACUCCUGCUUCUUUUAAUGCUGCGCUUUUUGCAAUUGUCUUUUCUAUGCCUGAUAUUAUGUGUGUCGGAUUCAUGAUCUGUUCCAGUGCCUACUUAGUGCUUCUCCUGCACAGACACCAUCAGCAAGUCCAACAUAUUCAUAGCUCUCAUCUCUCUCCCAGAACUUUUCCUGAGAAAAGAGCCACCCAAGCAAUCCUCCUACUAGUGAUCACCUAUGUCUCCUUUUAUUCCAUUCAUUCUAGCUUGUCAUUUUACCAAUUUAAAGUUGACAAAUAUCCACCCUGGUUCAUGGCUGCCUCAGACCAUCUAGCUGCAUGGUUCCCAGCCAUCAGCCCUUUUGUGAUGAUCUUCUUUGACUCCCAAGUCCUCAAAUAUUGGUAUGCUCUGUGGCAUGGGAGGCCAAGAGCAAGGGCUGCGGGGGCGGACAAGCGGGGCUCGGCCCCAGGCGGAGAACCGCGCUGCCCGGACCCAUCACCCUCCCCAGCUCCACCUUGUGACAAGCGCCGCGGCCUGGGAGGCAGCAGGUGGAGCGGCUUCAAGAAGAGGGAGCUGGUGCUGGACAGAGUCUUCUCCUCCUCCCAUUCCAACCUCUGCCGCUCCUCUGCGGAGCCCCUGGACGCUGAAUCCCUGAGCAUUUGCUCCUGGCUGGGAAGGGGCGACGCCGCUCCCCACACUUGGCGCCCUCUUACUCUACCUCCUUGGGUCCCCUCUUUGCCUCAGCCACCCCUCAGGGAGCUGCAGGUAGGCGACGAGGGCGCCGAGCGGCGCGGCUCCAGAGCCCGCCUGUCCCACCAGAAAAGCUCCUCCUUACCCCGCACUGCCUGCCUGGAGCAGCUUCUGGAGCCUCCACAGCCCGCGGCCCCCGAGCAGGAGUUCGUCCGAGACCGCGACCCCGGAGAAAUGCGAGAACCUCUGGACGGCGGCCAGGAACCGCAACUAGAAUGUAUCUCAGAACACCUGGAUGGAAAGUGGAAAAGGUGA